UAGGGCAAAUAGUGGAAUCCAGCCAGGGCUGGAAUGCUGUGGAAAGAAGAAGACAGAGAAUACAAGAGGCUGGAGGAGAUUGUUAAAACCAGCUUCUAAGUGGGCUCCUGAUUCGUGGUGAAAUCAUCCCUCAACUCCCAGGGGGAGUCUGUUAAAUCAUGAAACUAAUUGCCAUCCUUUUCCUCUGCUCCAGGCUGCUAGCAAGUUUAACCCAAGAAUCACUCUCUAAGGAAAUUGACUGCAAUGAUGAAGAGGUAUUUAAGGCUGUGGAUACUGCUCUGAAGAAAUACAACAGUCAAAACAGAAGUGGCAACCAGUUUGUAUUGUACCGCAUAACCGGGGGCACGAAGGUGGUUAAUCCCGACACAUUUUAUACCAUUAAGUACCAAAUCAAGGAGGGCGACUGUCCUGUUCUAAGCGGCAAAACCUGGCAGGACUGUGACUACAAGAACCCUACAGAAGCUGCUACAGGAGAAUGUACAGCGACUGUGGGGAUGAGGGGGAAUAAAAAGUUCUCCGUGGCUACCCAGACCUGCCAGAUUAUUCCAGCCGAGGGCCCUGAGGUGACAACCCAGUAUGACUGCCUUGGCUGUGUACAUCCCAUAUCAACAGACAGCCCCGACUUGGAGCCCAUCCUGAGACACAGCAUUCAACAUUUCAAUAACAACUCUAAUAAUUCCCACCUCUUUGUUCUUAGUGAAGUAAAACGGGCCCAAAGACAGGUCGUAGCUGGAUGGAACUUUGAAGUUACCUACUCAAUUGUGCAAACUAAUUGCUCUAAAGAGAAGUUUCUAUUCUUAACACCAGAAUGCAAGUCCCUUUUGAAUGGUGAUAUUGGUGAAUGUACAGAUAACGCCUACAUGGAUACUCAGCUACGAAUUGCUUCCUUCUCACAAAACUGUGACAUUUAUCCAGCGGAAGAUUUUGUACAGCCACCUGUCAAGAUUUGUGCCGGCUGCCCCAGGGAUAUACCUGUCAACAGCCCAGACCUGGAGGAGCCGCUGACUCAUUCCAUUGCCAAGCUUAAUGCAGAGAAUAACAAAACUUUCUAUUUUAAGAUUGAGACAGUGACAAGAGCAACAGUGCAGGUGGUGGCUGGGAAGAAGUUUUCUAUUCAGUUCAUAGCCAGGGAAACCACAUGUUCCAAGGAAAGUCAUAAAGAGUUGGCUAGAAGUUGUGAGACCAAAACUCAUGGCGAAAUGCUACACUGCAGUGCUGAAGUUUAUGUGAUUCCUUGGGAGGAAAAAAUUUACCCUACUGUCAACUGUCAACCACUAGGAAUGAUAUCAUUGAUGAGAAGGCCUCCAGGUUUCUCACCUUUCCGAUCAGUACAAGUAGAUGAAGCAAGAGAAGGAACAAGUGUAAGUCCACCCCACACUUCCAUGGUUCCUGUACGAGAUGAAGAGCAGGAUCCAGGAAAAGAACGAGGAUCCACUAAAGGGCAUGGCUGGGACCACGAAAAGCAAAUAAAACAUGAGCAUGACCAUGACCAUAAACAUGAGCAUAACCAAGGCCAUGGGCAUCAAAGGGGACAUGGCCUUGGCCAUGGACAUAAAAAACAACAUGGCGUUGGCCAUGGACAUCAAAAACAACAUGAUGUUCACCAUGCACACCAACAGCAACAUGGUCUUGGCCACAGACAUGAAAAACAACAUGGCCUUGGCCAUGCAUACCAACAGCAACAUGGCCUUGGGCAUGGACAUCAACUCGAACUUGAAUAUGAUCUUGAACACCAAAGAGGCCAUAGCCUUGACCAUAGACAUAAAUAUAAGCAUGGUCAUGGCCAUGGAAAACAUAAAAAUAAAGGCAAAAACAAUGGAAAGUAUGAUUGGAAAACAGGGCACCUGCCAAGCUCUUCUGAAGAUAGUACUACACUUUCAGCACAGACACAAGAGAAGACAGAAGGGCCAACACCCAUCCCUUCCCUAGCCCAGCCAGAUGUAGCAGUUACCUUUUCUGAGUUUCAGGACUCAGAUCUCAUUGCAACUAUGAUGCCUAAUAUUUUACCAGCUCCCACAGAAAGUGAUGAUGACUGGAUCCCUGACAUCCAGAUAAAACCAAAUAGACUUUCAUUUACUCCAAUAUCAGAUUUUCCAGAAACAACCUCCCCCAAAUGUCCUGGACGCCCCUGGAAGCCAGUAAAUGAAAUGAAUCCAAACAUGGAAAUGAAAGAAUUUCCUGAUUUCAAUCUUUAUGAUGCUCUUUUUUAAUUUAUGCAGCCAUGGAUAGUUCUUUAACACUUCAUCAUUCCCUCUCCCCUUUGUCCAGAAACAAACAAUCCUGAUAUAAUACACCCAAACCCAUGAAGCUUCAGAAUAGCCUAGAGAGAAGUGGCGGGGCUCCCAAGGAAGACACCAUUGAUUUCUAUGUAAUGCAUAAAACUGUGCGCCAGAAUUCUAAAUCCUUUCUGAGUUUUCUAAACUAGCACAGAAAGUGGACAAAGUGCCUUAUGGCGUAAUGCAAUUUUCUUCUCUGAUAAAAAUAUGUACCUUAGGAUGUAUGCCAUCCUUUGUACAAAGAUUCUUUGAUGUCCUAAAUAAACUGUGGUGCCUGGCCCCUAAAUGCAUAUGAAAAUGGGGAAGUCAGGAGACUCACUCCUGAACUUAUUAAUUAGGUGAAAAAAAUAAAUAAAGAGUUCCAGAGAUCAAAGAGAGGCAAUAAGAGAUAAGACAAUUUGGCUAAAGGGAAGAAAGGGGAAAGCAAAUUAAUUGACUUUCUGUUUCCAGAAUGGGCUGUUUCUAUCAAUUAUGUCCUCCCACUUGACAAAGCUAUUCUGAAAGUUCCCUUUCUGGGUGAAAGUGUUUAUUCUAAGUCAAUAAUUUCUGUUUUACUCAUUAACCACUCUUGGCAACAAGGCUUUCAUAUAGGAAUUAUCUGUUUAUUUUUUGCCAAAGCUAGACUGUGUAAUCUUUAGUUUUGUUUUUUUUUUUAAUUUCAGAAUAUUACUGCGGUACAAACAUUUUGGUUACAUAAAUUGCUUUUGUAUGGUUAUAAUAAGGGUUACUGCUUUUUGAGAAAAUAAUAUAGAAGCAGACUUUCUAAAGAAACUUUUUUUAAAAUUGGAAAGGGAAUAUGACGAGAUGCGAUGCAACCUUUGUUCAGAAAUUGUAUGAGGAAAUUCCUGUCUAGCCUCAUUUUAAGAUCAUAUCAUUAUUUUCCCAUAAUACUGAAGACCUCUGAAUUUUGCAAAAGAGAAUAAUGGAUUGUCUUUCACUGUCCUACAGUGCAAGGAAGGUAUAUAUUUCAUAACCUAUACUGUAUUUUUUGCCUAGAGAAACAAGAUAUGGCUUUAAACAGCUACACUUAUCUGUGGAUACGCGUGUCACUGCCACUUCACUUUGUCAGAUGCAUUUGGGCCUCUGAGUUUUUAUUUCACUUUAAAUGUUGUCUGUACUUUUAAAUAAAGAACCAGUGAUGUCAGGAAAAAGUC